AUGAAAUAUAAUACCGGUACUGAAGUGUUACGCUUUCAUUCUAAGUGUACGAGAGAGCGUGUCAUAUUUGAAAACUUUUUGCUAUCAUACGUUAGACCAACUUUGAAAGCCUAUACAUAUUUCAAACUUUUAUUAAUAUUCCCAAUACAAUAUUAUAUUACAACCUAUAUGGAUAGCAUUUAUAACUAUUUGUCAAUGAAUUCAACAGAGCUUAUUGAAUACACAAGAUCCCUUUUGCCCAAAGAUAAUAGCUUAACACACCCUGCAAACCUUACAUUUAACAAAAUGGGGCCAUUGCCUGCAUUCAUAUGGGAAGAUGUAAUGGUUAUCGGCGGGGCUGAUGGGAAAAUAUUAACAAGAUUGAACUCAGCAUUCUAUAGGGAAAUAGGACCAAGAUUUUACAAAAUAUUUGGAAACAUUCAAGCAUUAAUGGUUAUAAGUAGUACUAAUAAGAUGAGGAAAAAUGAUUUUAAUUUCCUAUCAUUUGGUCCAGAUUUCCCACACGUUCCAUAUGAAGAUUUUAGUAUAUAUAAAAGAAAUUUUAUAGGUUCAAAGUAUAGAUAUGAAACCUUAGAUGUCUAUUCCACAAAAGAUUACACUAAUUCAGAAGGUAAUUCUGAUGUUAUUGUUGUUACAUCAUUGUCACAGAUUGAAUUCUUAUUCAAAACCAUUUUAAACAAUCCAAAGUCUUUAUUAAGAAAAAGUAUUAGAAAUAUUUCAUUUGAUUUAACAAUCUUGGAUGGGACAGAAGAGCUUUUAGAGAAUAAAUUCAUACAAAACACAAUUGAAGAACUAGUCUCAAGGAGUUCCAAUGUAACAAAAUUAUCAUAUGAAUCACCAAUGAUGUUUGUAGAAAAAGAUCAUGAAGAUUUUCUUGGAUGUAGAUGGAAUACUCCAUAUAAUAGUGUGUUAUGGAGUUUUGCCAAGUUCCAAAAAGAAUUUUAUGAACCAGCUAAUGAAAUUUUCCCUAAUAAUGUAUAUUUUGGUGAAUUUCUACCUAUUGCUGAACAAUUUGAUUAUAUUUAUUCCAAAAAACGUUUAUCUUUAUCUGAUAUUUCAAACUUGAAUGAUUUUGAAAAUGAGAAUCCAAUGUCAACUUAUGCAAAUUCGAUGCAUGAACUAGGAUAUGAACAAGUAAUUGACAUAUACUAUGAUGGGAUAGAUCUUAAUUAUAAAAGAAUGAAUGAAAUUUCCACUGAUAAAUGUCAUGAUAUAAAAAUCAAGAAUAGAGAUUUCAUUUCUGAAAAAAAUCUUUUGAAUACAUUAAAAUUCAUUAUGGAAUCGAUGAUUGAUCAAAAUAAUACCUGUGGUGAUUCUAUUUCAACAUCUUUUUUAAUAAAUGGGUUCAUUGAAACUGAGUAUAUAUCAGUUAAAGAUUUUGAAACUGGAUAUUUAAAUGAUUUUAAAACGUCAAUGAUACUUAUUAACAAACCAUGCAAAUUCAACUGA